AUGUCGGAGGAAACAAUUAUGUCUAUGAAUGAUCAGGCAAUUAAAAUUGAACCACCAGAAUAUUCACCAGAAGACAUUAAACUCGAAAUGGAGGAUGGAUUUGAUGAUCAUGAUGUUACUGUUAAAUCUGAAUCGUGUUCUGAAGAUGGUGAUACGUGUUUAGAAAGAUUCAUGAAUUCUGAGGUUACAAUUGAAGAAGAAGUCAAACAGGAGUUAGUUGAAACAUCAACUUAUGAAUGUGACGUUUGCAAUAGUGGGGUACGUCCCCAUGAAUGCGAUAUAUGCAAAAAGAAAUUUACACAAUCAGGUAGUCUGAAACGUCACAUUCUGAUACACAGUGGGGUACGUCCCCAUGAAUGCGAUAUAUGCAAAAAGAAAUUUACACAAUCAGGUCAUCUGAAACGUCACAUGCUGAUACACAGUGGGGUACGUCCCCAUGAAUGCGAUAUAUGCAAAAAGAAAUUUACACUAACAGGUCAUCUGAAACGUCACAUGCUGAUACACAGUGGGGGAACCGAUGUUUUUAUUAUGUAUAAAGUUUAA